AUGGCACCACCACCGCCGCCACCGCUAGAGCCUGCUCUCGGUCUCAAUAUUAUCAGUCACGUAAAUGCAGGCCUCGAAUAUAUUGAUGAUCUAGAAAACGACGAAGUGUGCGAAGAGCUAGUUGAGCAAAUGAAUCUACACGGGAAUUCGGUUCAGUCAAUGGACGGACUCGAAGUUUACACCGGAUUGGUGGAACUCUGCCUAUCAAGCAAUUGUAUCGAAGAGAUCGCAUUUCAUGCCCUGCAACCAUUGGUGCAUCUCCGCGUCCUUGAUUUAUCAGCUAAUCGCAUUUUGUCCACGCUAGGAUUUCCACAAUUGCCACGUCUUGAGGAGUUAUCGAUAGCGCACAAUUGUUUGCAAGGUUUAGAUGGUUUGAUCCGUCCCAUAAAGUUUCCAAAGCUGCACUAUUUGGAUCUUCGAGGCAACGAAAUAGCAGAAUUUAAUGACGUGCUCGUGCUGCAACGACUCAAACGCCUCGCUCACGUUCGACUGCAAGCAAUAAGCGGUAAACAAGCCAACCCGGUCUGCGAACUCGAUGGUUAUCACCAAAUCAUGAUUCAGAUGCUACCACGACUAAGGCUAUUGGACGAAGAGGAAAUAGACAUUUUGAAAGAAAUGGGCAGUUUGCACAUGCCAAAAUACCAGUCAUUCAUGCGUCGAAUUGUCGAAAGCAAUCGCCCUCAUCGAAUCUCGAAUCGAAUGUUACGUAAUACUAGACAAAAUCGAUCAGAUAUCGACGAUAACGAUCAAGACGAAAUAGUACCGGCAAAACGAUACACUGAUAGGGAGCGAUCGAACGCAAAACCUCUUAGUGGUGAUACAAAAAAUAGCCGACUUCACCAAGAUUCGUGUACAGCGCAAAACGAGGAUAAGACAUUGCCAGCGCAAAAGCUCGUAGUGAAGGAUAUGAGUACAAACACGAGUGUGGAUCUAGAGAAAGACAUCUUAGAACGUGAGCAUACCAUUGCACAGAAAGAGACUGAGCUGCUUGAAAUAGAAAAGGCUUUUCUUACGAAAGAGAAUUAUUUUCUUGUUCGGGAAGAUAGCCUCAAAGCUCAAAUUUGUGAUCUGCAAGAUCAAGUGAAGGCUGCUGAAGCGAGAGCAAUUAAAGCUGAUGCCACAGUGCUGGAGCUGUCCAAUCAUCUUCUCAAAAGAGAAAACGAACAAACAGCUGCAGCGUUAGCAUCCGAUGACGAAAAGAAAUCUGCUCAAAAUUGUUAUACUGAGCAGCAAUCAAAGUACGAAGUUUCUCUUGCAGCACUGAAGACCACACACCAACAAGAGGUUGAUCAUCUUGACGCACAAAACGCCGAGUUAGAGAAACAGGUAGCGGAAAUCAAUAUUGAGUUUGAAGCUUUCAAGCAGAGACUUCUUGAUGCCGAAGAGCGCAUUAAACAUAAAAGCGAUAAAGUCAAGGCUAGCAAGUCUAAAGUAGCUGAACUUACAGGAGAGCUAGAGCUUGCUCUCAAAACACACGAAGCUAUCGCAAAACCGCUUUCGGACGAAAACAAAUAUUUAAAAGAUCGCGUGGAGCAAGCUGACAAGCGUAGUGGUGAGCUAGAAAAGCAAGUGACUGAGCUGAAAUCGAACGUUGAGACGGUGUAUAAUAAAUGUAUUGAAAGGGACGAGACUAUUCAGCACUUAAAAAAGAGUCUUCUAGCUCGCCAAGACGACAUUGAUGCGCUAAAACUGCAGCACGAAAAAGACUGCAUGCGCCACGAAAAGUUUCAGCAACAGCAGCAAGACGUCUAUGAGCGGCAGCUCCAAACAUCAAUCAUUCAACUCGAGAUGGAGUUUCGAAAAGAGUACCAUCAAUGUGCGCAGAAACUUCAGACAGCGCAACGCAAAACCCAAGAGCGAUCAAAGGAUGUCAAGCGUCUUCGAGAUGCUUAUCAACACAGUCUUCAGCGCGAAGCAGCUGCCAAAGUCGAAAUUGAAAAACUUCAGGCCAUUCUAGCAGACGAUCAGAAGAGGCUUCUCGUUGAAGAUGCCAAGCGUGUGGACACAUAUAAAGCAGCAAUUCGUGAAGAAAGAGCCAAGUGCAAGGAACUCGAACAUUGUCUGAUGAAAGAGCAGGAAAAUUAUGCUCAAAUGGCUGCUGUCAGUGCAGAGCGGGACGAACAGAGGAUUGAAAAUGAGCGACUUUGCAACGAUAUUUCCUUGCUAAAGGAGCAGCUCGAAAAGUGGAAUAAAGUUGAGGAUGAUUUACGAGCUGCUUUAAAAGUCAAAGAUGUAAUGCUGGCGGACCAACUCCGUCAAAUUAAGGAGUUGACGCAAGAACGUCGUCGAAUCGACGCGCAGGUUGAUGAAGAAAUGGCCGAAUACCAGACGCAGAUCGAAGAGUUAGAGGCUGCGUUAGACGAGAGUCUUCGAAAGGCAGCUGAAGAAGAGGUGAAGAAUGAAACACUGGACACGAAGCUUAUUGCUUUAGAAAAAGAUACGCUUAAGAAAGAUGAUCAGCUGAAAUCGCUUCGCACUGAAUUAGAGCAAAAAGUGUCGGCACUCGAGUUUCUUGAUCAAGAAAUGCAACGCAUGCGAAAAAUUCUUGAAAAUCAAGAUGAUCGGUUUCAAAAACGAAUGCAAACACAUCUCGAGCAACAUCAAGAAACAGUUGAACGCAUUCGAGCAAGUGCUGAAGAAGAACGAGAGCAUCAACUUCAGAGAUGGAAAGCUGAAAGAAGGGAAAUGAUGCUUAAAUAUGAGACAUUGAGCACUGAAAUGGAGAACGUGGCUGCUGUAAAUGCAAAGCUGCGUGUGACAUUGGAUGAGGAACGCAGAAAAACAGCACAAAAUGACCACGAUAUGCGAAUUUUGCUGAUGCAGAUCGAUCAUGAGCGACAAUCAAAGAAAAAACAUUUGCACCAAAUCAAGUCUUUGUUUGAGCAAUUGCAGCGUGAAUCAUCCUAA